AUGAUCAAGUCAUUAAUCCGAGUUAUAGGAUACCUGUGUUACAUGGAACCAAACUGUGUCAGUUAUAAUUUCGCGGAAAGCAACGAUGGAAUAAAAGAGUGCGAAUUGAGUAACUCCACGUAUGAACGGAACGAAUGGGAUUUGAAACAAGACUCAAACUCUAUUUACCGAGGAGCUAUGGAUGCCUGCUUGAACAAUCGAUGUAUGAACAAUGCAACCUGUCAAACAGGUUUCACCGAUAGAGGAUAUCGAUGCGUUUGCAUUGGAGGUUUCCAGGGAGAGGACUGCGAUGAAGAUGUUGAUGAAUGCAACACAGGAGAAAAUUCUUGUAGUGAAGACGCAGAAUGCAUCAACACCCGAGGCUCAUACAACUGUACUUGCAAACAAGGAUAUGAUGGAGACGGAUGGAAUUGUAGUAAGUUAGCGUCAACGUGCAAGGACAUCUAUGACAAAAACAUCUCACUGAAUGGAAAUAGAGACUACUUACUGCACAUUGGAUCUGAGAUGAUCCCAGUAUAUUGUCACAUGGACAACAAUGGCCUGGGCGAACAUGGAGAAUGCGAAGGAGGAGGGUGGACUCUAGUGAUGAAAACCGACGGCACACAGAUGACGUUUCACUAUGAUAGCUCAUUGUGGAGUGAUAAGGAAAGCUUCAAUGCCCAUGAUGGUCAAACUGGGUUGGAUACUCUUGAAACCAAGCUGCCAACCUACUGGAGCACCCCAUUUUCCAAGAUCUGUCUUGGUAUGAAGAUUAACACGCAACUGAAUUUCAUUUCCAUCGAUAUGCCAUCGAACUCUCUUCACGCGCUCAUCGCUGACGGUCAGUAUCGCAAUACCUCACUAGGCCGUUACACGUGGAAGAAACUUAUUGGUUCACAGGCAUCCUUACAGCGUAACUGUAACCUAGAAGGCUUUAACGUGUUUGGUACAAGCUUUGGCCAUUCAAGAACGAGAAUUGGUAUCCUUGGUAACAAUGAAGGGGAUUGCGGAAACUGUGACUCAAGACUCGGAUUCGGAACAGGUGGAGCACACGACAAUUCUAAUACAUGCGGGAACGACGCCAAGUACGGAGGUGACAAUGGAGACAAGAAUACAAAAACAAUGGGAUACGUUCUAGUGCUAUGAAAUUAGACAUCUAUAUUUAUACAGGGUAGCCCCUUCGGUGUAGUAAACACUGGUAUCAAAGGGGGUCCUGUCAACCGCCCAUCCCAUCCCUGGGGAGGACAUCCAUCACACAGUAAUCUCGUCCGUGGGAAAUUAACAUGUCCUGCUCCUGACCCUGCAG